CGGACCUUGCCAGUUGGCAAGAGCUCUGCAAAUACUGAAGAACACGCUACUGAAGGGACUGAAGCUACUGAAGAACACGCCGAGUGUGACUCAUGUAACCCUAACCCUGACUUAUUUCGUGCUUAAGACCAACUUAAGGCGUGGAUCCAGAUCACCCUUGCCUUGCCGGGUAAGAUGGCAAGCGGCGGCAAGGCAAGAUGGCAAGCGUGAAAAAUCUGGGUUGCCAGCCACCCUACCUCCGGCGCUCCGUGGUGGCUUCAUCAAGUUUCCAGAUUCGGCUCCCAGCCACCCUCCCACGCUGAGCCGCAAUCACACACAAGCGGGCGGCUUGGGGACGGAAAGCAAUCUCUUCAUACCCUCCGCCAUGUCGUUCACCACCUCCACCGAGGACAGUGACCCUAACUACUUCAGCACCUCCACUUUGAGCGUCUACAACGAGUCCAUUCUCCUCUACGGCGCCGAUAACCGCGGCGCCAACCAGACAAACGCACAUUCGCUCUGGAAAUUCACCCCUAGCACACGCCAAUGGCACAAGGUCACUCCGGGUCCGCCGGCCAUCUUUGAUGGGUUGGCUUGGUCGGCGCUCGUCGGUGACAGGCUGUAUGUGCAAAAGGACUCCAAAGGAUGGUGGUAUUGCGAUCUCCUCUCCAACACAUGGUCGGCGAUGACCGCCCUCAACUCACCCCCAUUGACAACUCAAGCCGUGCUUGUCGGCGGCAAGAACGCGCUGUUUGUCAUGGGUGGGUGGGAUCUCGCCCGCAAAGCGUUCACGUCCGCGGUGCAUAUGUUGUCGAGCGAUACAUGGACCCGUCUGCCUGACCUGCCCAUGAGCCUGAACGGCGGCGCCGGCGCCGUCGUGGGCUCCAGGCUCCUCUAUUUUGGUGGUUUCGGCAAUGCCAGUACUUCAUUCCGCUUUUCCAAUACCGUCAUGUCCCUCGAACUCGACAACCUCUCCGCUGGAUGGUCGCAAGAGCCGUCCUCCUCGCCCGCCAUACCUUCCCCACGCGAACAUCUCUGCAUGGUGAACCCAAACGGUACGGACGUGGGCAAGCUGGUCGUUUACGGGGGCAGGUCUUUUACGAACUCGACUCUCCGCGAUUUCACCUACUUUGAUGGGCAGACCUAUUCUCUCGAUCCGACCUCCACGCCAAGCACGUGGAAGAACCUGACGUCCGGAAGUGGAAUGGCAUCAAAUGGAGUUGUCGGUGAUCCGGCGCCGGCGCUGAGAACUCUAUAUUGCACGGUCUUAGGAAAGGUGCUUUAUGUCGCGGGGAGGACGGACAGCGACGUUAUGAAGUGGUUGACAGGCGUGCCGACUUUGUACGCGUGGGAUAUGGAAAAAGGCGUUUGGUUCGACCCCGUCAUGACCAGCGAUGAUUGGUCUCCGGCACGCCCGUCCACUGGCCCGUUCGCCGGCCCGCCAUCGCCCCCCUCAACGUCAACAACUCCGGGAACGGAAGCUCCAUCAAAUGGCACGACGGUCGGCGCGCCGACUUCCGGAUCUAAGGGCCUUUCACCAGUGGCCAUUGGGGGCAUAGCUGCUGCUGCGAUUGCGGCGGUCGUUAUCGGUGCUGUCGUCUGGUUCCUAAAGAAACGGAAGAACGCGCCAAGAGCCGUCGCGAAGAACGUAAAUACUUCUGACCCGGAGACGGGCACAUCAUCAUCAUCUGCGCGAAGCCAAACCCCGUCGACAUCCGCAGCCACCGAUGUCAUCAAUGACACUAACGAUACCAACGGCCCUCAGUCCGCGCGGCCUUUGUUCACAUCCAAAUUGCCGCAAACCUUCAAUGUGGUCCCUGCACGCACGUCGCAAAGCCCAGAACAGGCCAUUUCAAACACCAUUUCGAACACAACAGCUUUGCCCCGCACGGAAACGACUGCUCCUCCGCCGUACACUCCUCUCAGUGCUACGGACCCCGAUACCCACUCCCGAUACCAACCAAAGAACUAGCUGCCAUCAGUAUACACCGUCAACCAUCCGAUGCCUACCCUCUCCGAACUGGCGGGUGGCAACUAGGACAAAUGAUGCGACAUUCUGGAGGC